AUGGAGCAAGAUAUUCAACAAAUUUUGUCAAUUCUUGAAGAAUCUGACUCAGACGAUUUUUUUUCUGAUAACGAUCACGCGGAUGAAGAGGAUCACGUGAGUGUUUGUAGUCAGGCAAGCGAUACUAAUGUCCCGCUGAGUGAAGUUAGAAUGGAGUUGCAAUCCAGCGCGUCUUCGCUGCAACAAGUGCCAGAAACAUCUUUACAGCGUGAAGUACGCCUACAAUAUCUUGGUAAGGAUGGAACAGUUUGGUUUAAAACACCUUCUCGGCGCAAUGUGAGGACAACGGCAGAAAAUAUAAUCACACAGUUACCAGGUGUGACACGAGAAGCUAAGUUUGCUACUUCUGAGUUGGAAUGCUGGGGCUUGUUCUUCAGUGAUUGUAUAUUGCAAAAAAUUAUGACUUACACAAAUACACGUAUUAGACGCAAAAUGGCGUCGUGUAAGGAUUUGUCGAAGCAUGCCUAUAUGAAGGAAUGUAGCAUGACAGAACUCAAAGCUUUUACAGGCCUCUUAUAUAUUGCCGGCUUAUUGCGCUCAGGAAGACAAAAUCUGACUGACUUAUGA